UUGGGAUGAAACUCAUUUUGGGAAGAUGGGAAGUUACUACAUCAAUCGGACCUUCUUCUUUGAUGUCCACCCCCCUUUGGGGAAGAUGCUGAUCGGACUUGCUGGCUACCUUAGUGGAUAUGAUGGUACAUUUCCUUUCCAAAAGCCAGGGGACAGAUAUGAGCAGCACAACUACGUGGGAAUGAGAGGGUUCUGUGCGUUUCUUGGCUCCUGCCUGGUUCCCUUUGCCUACCUCACUGUGUUGGAACUGUCAAAGUCAUUGCCAGCAGCCUUACUCACAGCUUUCAUCCUUAUUUUUGAUACAGGCUGUAUUACUUUGUCUCAAUAUAUUCUGCUGGACCCCAUUCUGAUGUUCUUCCUCAUGGGAGCUGUUCUGAGUAUGGUGAAAUGUAACAGCUGUGCAGAUAGGCCAUUUUCUGCCUCCUGGUGGUUCUGGCUGAGUCUCACUGGCGUGAAUCUUGCUGGAGCAAUGGGGGUAAAGUUUGUUGGCCUUUUUGUAGUCCUCUUGGUUGGCCUGAACACAAUCUAUGACCUAUGGGACUUGCUAGGGAACCUCAGCCUGUCACUGGUCAUGUUUGGGAGGCAUUUACUGGCUCGUGUACUCUGCCUCAUCCUGCUCCCGCUUGCCCUCUACACGGCUAUGUUCGCUGUUCAUUUUACAGUAUUAAAUAAAAGUGGUCCUGGGGAUGGUUUCUUCAGUUCAGCAUUUCAGUCCCAGCUGAUCGGGAACAAUCUUCAUAAUGUCUCCAUUCCAGAGCACUUGGCUUACGGGUCUGUGGUCACAAUGAAGAACCUUCGGAUGGCAGGGGGAUACCUUCACUCCCACUGGCACCUCUACCCGGAGGGCGUUGGGGCUCGCCAGCAGCAGGUCACUGCCUACUUACAUAAAGAUUUUAAUAACCUGUGGAUUAUAAAGAAACAUGAUUCAGAGACAGAUCUGUCAGACCCCUCGAGUCCUGUGGAGUUUGUGAGGCAUGGAGAUAUUAUUCGUCUGGAACAUAAAGA